AUGAAGAACAGAAAGGGGUGGCAGCUAAACGAGUGCCAGCCACACGGAAGGGCCAAUACGCUCAGGAGCAAGUACCAAUUGAGAAGCAAAAAAAACCCAGCAGGAAAAAAUGCACAGGAUGAAGAAUCGGAUAGAAGCUCCAACGAUUUAACUGACUCCUCCUUGUCCUGCUCAUCUGAAUAUAUGACCAGGGAACAAAAUGUAAAGGAAUUGGAGAGGAUUCACCAUUUGCAAAACGGUCAGUUGAAUCAAGACAUAAUUAACUGUGAGGGGAAUACAGGGAUAGACCUCCCUACUAAUGAAAAGGAUUGUCAACAGAACGGACUCCACUCUGUGAACAAAGCAUUCUCGAAGCAAACCCUAGUGUAUGACCACUACAAAAAGAAGGACAUCCUCUUAAACCUGUGGUGGAAAAACAUGAUAGACUUAUAUUCAGACAUUUUAAUAACCAAUGUAUACAGCAACGUAAGCAAUGUGGAUGUGCUAAAUAUGAAUCGCCAGCAGAGGGAAGAGAAUUACCAAUACUUGAACGAAGGCAUUGUCCUUUUUCAUAACUCUAGUAGGAGAGAGAAUUACAAAAUGAGCAUACUACGAGUGGUGACAAAGGAAGAAAUAAAUAAAAAAAAUGAAAAAGAAAUUUUUUAUUCAUCAUCGCUCAAGGAUAACACAAUCGACGAUGCGUUUAAAAAAUAUUAUAAAAAUAAAUAUAAACAUAUACCAAUUAUUAAGAGGUACAACUGUUUGAACCUUCCAUACUACUGCACUAAUUCGAGCAUCCUGUACUGCGGCAGGGAUGUGAUGAGCAACGAGGUGGAGACCAACUGGGGGGGAGACGCAGGAAACGUUAUCAUAGCCAGUAAGUCCAUACGGGGCAGCAUAUUUUUGUAUGGCAUUGGCAAAACCAUUGAUCGGAUUAACAGGAUGGAGGAUGACGAGGCGGUUGAUAGGAGAUUGAGUGAAGAUGGGGGUGGGACUGUGCCCAGUGAAAUGGACCACCCAAGUAAGGCUACUCAAGGGGGAGAAUGUGCAGACAAUGGGGGUAGCAGCGGUAGUAGUGUAGCAGCGGAGGAGGAGGAGGAUGAAGAAGAGGAAGAAGAGGAUGAGGGAUACAGGCACGAUGGCAGGACGGCACAACAGUGCUAUUCUGAGCGGAAACAUGAUAAACGAAAGGCCAUCACAAGUCGCUUCAAAAAAAAAGAAACACUUGUUAAUAGCAAAAAUGGAUACUCCAAAAAUUGGCAUAAUUAUCACAGUAGGAAAAAUAAAUCCUGCGAGAGUUAUAAACAAAAAAUAAAAGAAAGAAAAAUCUGUGAUGGAGAAUUACUCCUCGAAUUGGUUGGGCACAACAAAACAGGAAAAGGACUCUUCUUCAAAAAUAAUUACUUGCUCAGCAAUGGAGAUGAUAAAAAUAUAUUUAUAUAUGACAUUAAUGGUACCACCAUGCAGGGUAGCGAAAAUAAAUAUGCAAACGAUCAUGUUAAUGUGUGUAAGAUGAAUCCGUACAUUUCGAUCAAAACGAAUGAGCUGUAUAGUAAUGUGAGGUGGCUGUAUGAUUCGCUGAUCAUAGGUUCCACCUACAGUGGGUACUUUUCCCUCUUUGACAUCCGCAUGAGGAAUAGGAGCGUGCGUGGUGGCGGCUACAACGAGGACGCGCUGGGUAAUAGCGCGGUCAGCGGCGUUAACUGUCCUGGCGGCGUUAACUGUCCUGGCAGCGUUGGCAAUGGCAGCAGCGUCAGUGGCGAUGGGACUGGGGGCGGUGCACACGUCCAUCGCGACCUCCACCAGAGCAGCAACGUAAAUAUACACUCCGUACACAAGAAAAUCACCAAGUAUGAAAUUUCAGACAUAGACAAAUACAACAGCGACGAUAAUAAUUUAAUUUGCAUGAGUGCAUUAAAUAACAUUUUCAUUUUUGACCUACGAUUUAUUAAUAACAAUUUGCCUUACAAAAUAAUACACGACAACUCCUACAAUAAUUAUAGCCUGAAUGAAUCCUAUUUUGACCCAUACCAGACUGCUGUACACAAUGGAGAGUACAGCAGUACUACCACCAAUGUGAAUUAUUUUUAUGACCAUUCAUACAAUAAUUAUUAUAAUGAAGAUUUUUUCAACUCGGACACAUUUAUUCAUUCUCUUUUCUGGUGCAACAUUGAAGGAUUUAAUUAUAUCGGGUCGCUAAAUAACAAGGGCAUUAUUAAUGUGUUCGAUGUGAACAAGAGCAAGCACCACUGCGUUUUUACUUACGGGUGUAAGUACAUCAAGUUGUUCAAAUUCAAUCCAUUCAAAAUAAAUAAUUUCGUUUCCGUGGACAAGAACAAUAUCCUCAUCCUGUUCACCCUCCCCGACCAGAUAUACAAGAGUGACCUGGACUUGUACCUGCAGGACAACCUCCGCGAGGAGUAG